CUUAUAAAUAUAAAUUUCUAGCGAGGUUAUAAAAAUUGAACAUUAGAGACCUCUGGAUCAAAAUAAUGUACUACUUCUUCGUGACGACACGAUACCAAUAUUUCAACACCAAUCAAAAGCACGCAUGCGUAAUGUAUAAAUUUAAAAUAUUGUUGUAAAUGAACAGUAAUUCAAAAUUGUAUUUUUUGACAAUUUUUAUAUUUUAUCUUUAUAUUGAAAGUAAUGAUCUUUAAAAGAUUGUUGUUUUAUUAGUAAUCUUAUGUGUUACUAUUAUAAAUAAUUAAUCGAUAUUAAAGUGUACGAAGACUAAUGAUUACGAAUGGUUUUUGUAAUAGACUCAGUGUUUCGUUUAAUUUUUUAUGACGCCUUAAUUUAUGUUUACCUACAAGAAAGAAUAUCAACUAUUAUUAAGUUAUUGGUUUCAAUGUUCCAGAGAUUCGUAAAUAUGGACAAUCCCAUGAAUAACUUCGAUUGGGCACGGAGAUUGGAAUGUCCACCGACUGCAUGUACAGAUCCUAUAAAGAAAACAUUAUGUAAAGGAAUAUUAGAAUUGUUAUGGUCUGAAAUAGGUAAUGCAACAUUCACCAGUAAGGAUGUAAGAGAAGUAAGAAAAAAUAUAUUAUUGUACAAAUUAAGACAUGAAAAGAAAGAUGCUACUAUCCAAUGCAUACAAGAUAUUUCACGUUUAAAAGCAGAAAGAAAUAGGCUUAAAAUCGUUUCUUCGUCGUUGAAAGAAGAAUACGAGCAACAAGAUUUUUUGGUCCGUCAAAGAGUGAAACAUUUGAAAAAUAUUAAAUCAAAGUAUUCAUUGGCAAAAAUCAAGAAAGCAUUAUUAAAAAUAAAAUAUAACGAAGUACGUACUCAACUCGAUGAUAGUAAUAAUAUGAGACUUAUAUGCCAAAAUUUAAUGCCACAGACAUCCGAAGAAUUAAAUCAAAAUAUGUUAAAGCAAAGCUUAGACACAGUAACUACACUUUGUUUUGGAGCAAGCAAAAGAGAGGUGAAAAGUAAGAUAUCAAAUUUACUUGGACAUAUUAAAGUGUCUACAUUAUGGGCUCAAUUAUAUCAAGGACUAUGCCAAGAUGUGGAAAAUUUAUUGAAAUUGAGAAGUUUAACUACUACAGAAAAUAAAGACGAUCCUGACACAGAAGAUGUAAAUACAAAUGGAGAAGACAUUGAUAUUGGUAUUGCUAAAUUAUGUGGGAAAAAUAUUUACACAAUUUCAAGAAAAUUAUUUUUUGAAACAAAAGCAAAAGAAUGUGAAAAUAAUGUUAUGAAAUAUAUUACAAAUAUUGAGACUAGUACUGAAAAUCAUAUUGACCUCAGCGAGUGGUUAACUUUGGCAUUAGAAGUGAAAAAAUUGGAAGCAGAGGAAAGAGUAUUGCAGAAUGAAAUUAAACUGAUCCAAUCAGAGUGCAAUGAUAAUAACACAAUAACUUUAGAACUUCAAAGAUUGUUAUCGGAGAUUCAUACGAUUGACUCGGAAAUAGAGAAAUGUGUUGAAAAUAUACAACGAUCGUUACAACUGUUAAAAUCUGCUGAAUGCAUUAUAAAAAGAAUAAAAAAUAAUGUCCAUACUGAAUGUAUGAAUCUUCUAGCUCUACGAGCUGAUAAUAGUAACUUCGAAUGGUUAAAUAAGGAUUUAACGACUGAACUACAUAUAUUUUAUGAUGUCUUAGAUAUCAGAGCAUUAAAAAAAAUAAUACUCCAUGGAGAAAUUCAAUCUUUCAGACAUGAAACGUGUUGCUUGAAAGAAGCGUCUGUUUUAAUGACAAAUUUAAAUGUUCCCAAUAUUAUGCCAUACUUCCCAAUGAUAAAAGCACCAAUAUAUUAUCUGAUAGAUUGUUAUAAAAAUUUAAUAACAAAUAACACAUAUAAAAACAUUUUGACUCCAUUAACAGAUGAAGACAAUGAUUUACACGUUUUUAUAGAAAACGAUACUAUUAAAGAUUAUGAUACUAUGGAAUUAUUGACAUCGUCACAACGUAACUGUAGUAAAGCACAGGAAGAAAUCGAUGCAUUUAAUGUUGCAUUAAACGCUUGGAGUAAUCAAACCGUUCAAGAAGUUAUGGCUCUCGUAGAUAAAACUGUAGACGAUUUAACAUUUACAGAAUGGAUGCAAAGAUAUACUUUACUGUUAUACAUGAUUGAUAGUGCUAAUAAUAAGUGAUAUAUCAUAUUAUUUAUAAAUCUAUAAUGCUCAUAAAACUGCCUUUUUAAUUAUAAUAUAAAUUAUACUGCUAAAGCAGUACUAUAUUUUUUAAUGUGAAUAAAUCAUUCUUUUAUUAGAAAGCAAAAUAUUAAUAUUGAUAUUAUUAUAUUUUAAUUUUUCAAUAGUAUCAUAUUAAAUUAUAUACGCUGUUUAAUAUAUAUUGAAUAAAUUUAAUCAAUGAAAUGUCGGUAAAAUUACUUUCUCCGACAAACAUCUACGAUAAGCAAAGUCAACGAAAAUCGUUGAUAAUUCAAUCCGUAAGAUAAAAUAUACGUAACACAAGGUAACUUUUAAAAAUAUUUUAGGUGUACGAAUUAUAUGUAACUCAUACUCGUUAUAAAUUAUUCUCUAUAUUAC